AUGGCCGGGCGCCUUCUUCAUCACUCUUUUCCCCUCCGCUUCUCAACUGCUCCUGUCACUGGGGCCGCUGCGUCGAUGGAGGUCCUGUCUUUUCGGGCCGUGGCCCGCAACAAGGCCAGCGUCCGUCAAUUUUCCUCGAAAGGCUGGCGUCAAUAUCAAAAAGAUCAUAAUUCAGAACACCAAAAAUCGGGCUUUGGGUCUCGACUACGAUUUGCCCUACGAAACACUAAGGUGGAAUGGUAUCCUAUUCCCGUGGGACUCGGAAUAGGGUUGUUGGGGGUGUUACACUUUUACAAGUCGCAUCGGGCGGAUCGUGAUCGUGGAGAUGGAGACGACUCCGGAGAAGUCUGGGAGAAUGGAGCUCGACCACCUCGUCGACCACGAGUUGUGCCGACAGGAUCCUGGCAGGUCCAGAUCAUGUCGACCUUGCCCCUGAAAGCCAUGUCGAGGUUAUGGGGCCGUUUCAACGAGAUCGAACUGCCAUAUUAUUUCCGUGUACCGGGGUUCAAGCUCUAUUCGUGGGUCUUUGGCGUGAACCUUAGCGAAGUGGCAGAGCCAGACUUGCAUGUUUACCCGAACCUGGCAGCUUUCUUUUAUCGCAAGUUGAAACCGGGUGUUCGUCCUCUUGAUCCGGAUCCUCGCGCUCUUCUCUCGCCUUCCGACGGUCGCGUCUUGCAGUUUGGAAUGAUUGAGCGGGGAGAGGUGGAACAAGUCAAGGGCAUGACAUACAGCUUGGAUGCUUUGUUGGGAACUGCCACACCUGCCAACGCCGAUCACAGCAAUCGACUUUCCGAUACCAACGGCGAACCGACCCAAAAAGACGUGGAAAACAUGAAGUCCGAUGAGGAGUUCGCGUCUAUGAACGGAAUCUCUUACACUGUCCCCGGCUUACUUUCAGGUGCCGCAGAUGAACCAGCCAAGCGACGAGCCUCGAUUGAUGCAUCCACCGCCUCCAAAGCGACAUCGGAAAUCCAAGUACAAGAGGAACUUGCGCGAGGAGAUGGUACAGAGUGGUACGCACCCAAGAAGGCCGCCAACCACGCUCUUUUCUAUUGUGUGAUCUACUUGGCACCUGGCGAUUACCACCGCUUCCAUUCCCCCACCGCCUGGGUUGUCGAAAGUCGUCGCCACUUCGCGGGCGAGUUGUACUCCGUCUCUCCCUACUUACAACGUCACCUACCCGGUCUAUUUACUCUUAAUGAACGUGUUGCAUUACUUGGUCGUUGGCGAUGGGGAUUCUUCAGUUACACACCUGUGGGUGCAACCAACGUGGGCUCAAUCAAAAUCAACUUCGACUCGGAGCUACGCACCAACAGUCUGUUGACUGACACAGCUGCCGACUUGGCCGCCGCGGUGGCCGCCAAGCGCGGAGAAAAAGAUCCCGGUUUCGUCGAGGCUACCUAUCGUCACGCUAGUCGUACACUCGGUGGGCACCCGCUGCAGCGCGGAGAAGAGAUGGGUGGAUUUCAACUUGGUAGCACCGUUGUCUUAGUAUUUGAAGCACCGCUCAGCAGUCGACCAUCUCCGGAUGCAGGCUGGCCCGAGGAGAAGGAAGGUGAUGGCUGGAACUGGAGUAUAGAAAAGGGCCAGCGAGUUAAAAUGGGUGAGAAGCUGGGAUUUGUGGGGGAUGCAUGA